AUGGGUGACUACAACCAGUACAACCAGGGUCUGUACCUCUCCCCGAACGAACAGGAUCUCCUUCUCGCUGCUCUCUCCUCCAACAACCCCGCGCACGACCCGUCGGGUGGUACAGCCCACGUGAAAUCCGAACACGACACCUCCCCGGAUCAUCGCUCCUCCCACAGCAUGAGUGGUCCGCCGUCGGGUGGUUUCGACGACGCCUUCCCACAUCCCAACACCUUCGGAAUGGCGGAUGACGAAAGCCCGUACCUCGACUUCAACCCUGAGGUGGACUUUGAAUUCCCCGGCUCCGCCAGUCUCAUUGGCGAUCUUCCGGAAACCACCCCCGGCCUGGGCGACUACGAACUGGGCGAAAAACGCAAGUCGAUCGAUAGCCAGUCGGAGACGAACGGGGAGGACUCCGGAAACAAACGGAGAGAGAGCGAGGCAAAGAAGCCCGGAAGGAAGCCGUUGACCUCGGAGCCGACUACGAAGCGCAAAGCUCAAAAUCGUGCGGCGCAGCGGGCUUUCCGGGAGCGCAAGGAGAAGCACCUAAAGGAUUUGGAAACAAAAGUGGAAGACCUGCAGAAGUCGUCGGAUUCGGCAAACCAGGAGAACAGCGUGCUGCGUGCUCAGAUUGAGCGGUUGCAGGUGGAACUGCGCGAGUAUCGUAAACGGCUCUCGUGGGCGACGACCAGCUCUGGUAUUUCAGCAAUGAGUGCCAUUCCCAGUGCUCAAUCCAAGGGAGGCCCUGGUCUCCAAAACUCCGAGUUCCUCUUUGAUUUCCCCAAGUUUGGCGACUUGCCGGGCAGCCGCAUCUUCAACAAAAACGAACAGUCCAACGUCUCGAACGGUCUUCCACCAGCCCCGGGUGUGCUGAGCCGCGGUUCUUUCAGCAGUCCGACCAACGUCUCCCCCCCCAAGUCUAAUGUCUCUCCUAGCACACAGGGACCCAGUGGCAGCCCGGCUGGAGCUGAUCAUGGUCGAUCGAGCACCGUGGGGUCCAACGGCGCCCCGAGCAGCAUGGCCCAAAUGGCUCGCUCCACCAUCAAGCCUUUUGCCCAGGAUACCUCGACUUCGGACUCUCCAUCCUCCUCGUCCGAUUCUCACCAGAGCCAGUUUCUUUCAUCGAACGGGACUUCGCCCGAACCAAGCCUCAAUUCCCCUCGGGAAUCCAAGCCGCAGUAUGCGACUCAUAAGGACGAUUGUGGAUGCGGAAAGACGACCCCCAGUGAUGGUGAGAAAUCCUUCUGCGCCCAGCUCGGCCUCGCCUGCGGCAACAUCAGUAACCCCAUUCCAGCUGCUCGGGAGCACAAGGUGCAAAACCCGAAUGACUCCGGGAACGCCGCGGGGUCCAUGGACGGAUCAACGGAUGAAUCCUUGGGGAUUGAUUGGCUUACACAGCAGAAUGGUGGCCAGUUUGACCCGGUCCUGUUUGGUGACUGGCGCGAGCCCCAAGAUGCCAUUCUCUCCCAGGACUUUGGCACUUUCUUCAAUGAUGCGUUCCCUCUUCCGGACUUGGGUAGCCCGUCGCAUAACAUCACCGAGGCCACGAAUGAGCCAGGCCACAAGAAAGAUCUGAUCUCCCUGAUUGACGACAAGCUGAAUGAGGAUGAAGUCGUGCCGGGCGAGGAUAGGUCAAAGAUGCUCUCAUGUAACAAGAUCUGGGAUCGUUUGCAAUCCAUGGAGAAGUUCCGCAACGGCGAGAUCGACGUUGACAAUCUCUGCUCCGAACUCCGUACCAAGGCGCGGUGUUCCGAGGGCGGAGUGGUCGUGAACCAGAGCGAUGUCGAUGCUAUCAUGGGCCGCGCCAAGUAG